CCUUACAGGGGAAAGAGGCUGCAGCCCUCCUGCUGGAUGUCCUGCCGAGCCGUGGAAAACCCCAGAAAGUCUCGGUGCCAGAUGAAGUUUCACGGAUUUCUCCGUCAGAUGCCCGUGGGGUUGGACACUCGCUAGCAGAGAGCUGAAGCCCCCAGCCUGUGCCCAGGAGAGCAGGAUGCGGGUCACCACGCGCCGGGUGCUGCUGCUGGUGGGCUCGGUGGCGGCCCUGAUGGUGACCCUGCACCUGGGGCAGCAGGUGCUGGAGUGCCAGCAGGUGCUGAGCGAGAGGAGGCACAGGCUGAUGAGACCCGAGAACGAGGAGCUGGUGAUGGUGGACGCCAACCACGUGGAGUACCGCUACAGCAAGGACAUGCCGCUGAUCUUCAUCGGCGGCGUGCCCCGCAGCGGCACCACGCUGAUGAGGGCCAUGCUGGACGCCCACCCCGAGGUGCGCUGCGGCGAGGAGACCCGCAUCAUCCCCCGCGUGCUGGCCAUGCGCCAGGCCUGGUCCAAGUCCGGCCGCGAGAAGAUGCGCCUGGACGAGGCAGGCGUGACGGACCAGGUGCUGGACGCGGCCAUGCAGGCCUUCAUCCUGGAGGUGAUCGCCAAGCACGGCGAGCCCGCCAGGUACCUGUGCAACAAGGACCCCUUCACGCUGAAAUCCUCCGUCUACCUGUCGCGGCUGUUCCCCAACUCCAAGUUCCUGCUGAUGGUGCGGGACGGGCGCGCCUCGGUGCACUCCAUGAUCACGCGCAAGGUAACCAUCGCCGGCUUCGACCUGAGCAGCUACCGGGACUGCCUGACCAAGUGGAACAAGGCCAUCGAGGUGAUGUACUCCCAGUGCCUGGAGAUCGGCCGCGCCCGCUGCCUGCCCGUCUACUACGAGCAGCUGGUGCUGCACCCCGAGCAGUCCAUGCACAACAUCAUGAGGUUCCUGGACAUCUCCUGGAGCGACACGGUGCUGCACCACGAGGAGCUCAUCGGCAAGCCCGGCGGGGUGUCCCUUUCCAAGAUAGAAAGGUCGACAGACCAGGUGAUCAAGCCGGUGAACAUGGAGGCGCUAUCCAAGUGGAUCGGGCACAUCCCGGGGGAUGUGCUGCAGGACAUGGCCCACAUCGCCCCCAUGCUGGCCAGGCUGGGCUACGACCCCUACGCCAACCCCCCCAACUACGGCCACCCCGACCCCCUGGUCGUCAACAACACGCACAGAGUUCUAAAGGGGGAUUAUAAAACUCCAGCCAAUCUCAAAGGUCACCUGCAGGUGACUCAGAACACGUCAUCUUCUCACUAAGAAAAUUAAUGAUUUCCAGAACGCUGCCAAUGGCCUGUUGUUGCCCGAGAAGGAAGAGUGUGCAGUGGGCCCGUGGAAAUCGGUUCUCCAAGCAUAUUGCUUGCUCCUACUGUUGCCAAAUGACUGCGCUCCAGGAAUGUAUUUGCAUUUAUUUGCAAAGGCCAAACGUGCUCCACGGCGGGAACGUGCCCGGCCUCUCCCGGCGCUGCGUGGGGAAUGCAGCUGUGGAAAUCCGGACUGGGGGGGGGCGGGAGGAGAUUCCCUGUGGGGCUGGAGGGCUGCGUGCAUCGCGUUUGUGUCUCGUGAUCUGUCCCCCGUUCCCGCUGUGGGGAACAGCCCUCCCAUCCCUGCUGUUCCGUGUGCCUGGGAUCGGGAAGAGCCGCCCUGCUCCUGCUGUUCC